CACUGUUUGUGUGGAACAUUGUGCUUCAUAAGUGUAUAAAGUUGUGUCAUUCUUUUGCGUCAUAAGUGACGCUAUGUUAGUAAAACUUCUGAUAUUCGGGCUAAUAGGUGUAGCCUAUGCUCGGCCCAACUUCGAAUGCCCUUCAUCAGGCCGCUUCCUGGUGCCGCAUGAGACUGACUGCGACAAAUUCUACUUCUGCAAUGAUGGAAUAAGAAGCAAUGACGUGAGAAGCUGCGGCGGUUCUCUUCGCUUCUCUUACGAAAAACAAGUGUGCGAAUUUCCUGAAAACGUAAAGUGUGUCAACAGCAACACUCAAGUUGUAUUCACCAACGUCGUCCGGACCAGUAAUGGUGAACUCUUGGAGAACGGCUGUCCUGCUGACUUCGAAGUUCAUCUCCUCCUGCCCCAUGAGACCGACUGCGACAAGUUUUACCAUUGCGACUUCGGAGAGAGAGUUUUGACACUCUGCGCGCCCGGAACACACUUUAGCAAUUUACUGCAGGUGUGUGUUUUACCUGCUCAAUCUGAGUGUGUGCCUGGAGGUGGAGAGUCUACUGUAGCUCCUACUACUGCAGCCCCAGUAUCCACUACAACUGUUGCCAGUACCGCCGCCCCUACAACCACUACAACUGCUGCAAGUACUGCAGCAUCUACAACCACCACGACUGCUGCAAGUACCACAUCAUCCACAACCACUACCACAACAAGCGGAACUCUACCAAAUGGAUGUCCGGAAGACUUCAACGUUCAAUGGUUCCUGCCUCACGAAUGUCAGUGCCAAUUGUUCUACGAAUGCAUAAAUGGUGACAAGUUUAGAAGAACCUGUGAAGAUGGAUACCACUUUAAUGCCGUUACACAGAAAUGCGAAGAUCCAGCCACAGCAGGCUGUGAGGCCGAUCCUGAGUGUGAUGGAAGCUCCUCUUCUACUACCAGUACCGAAGCUCCUACAACCACUACAACUGCAGCUAGCACCGCAGCUCCAACUACCACAACCACGGCUGCAAGUACUGCAGCUCCAACUACAACCACGACCGCAACUUCUACCACAUCCAGCGGAACUCUGCCAAAUGGAUGUCCGGAAGACUUCGACGUAAAAUGGUUCCUGCCUCACGAAUGUCAGUGCCAAUUGUACUACGAAUGCAUAAAUGGUGACAAGUUUAGAAGAAGCUGCGAAGAUGGAUACCACUUCAAUGAAGUAACACAGCUCUGUGAAGAUCCUGUGAGUGCUGGCUGUGACCCCAGUCCCGAAUGUACCUUAUCUACCACUCCCAGUACCGAAGCACCAACAAGUACUACAACUGUUGCAAGUACCGAAGCACCUACAACUACCACUACUGUUGCCAGUACUGAAGCCUCAACAAGUACCACUACUGUCGCAAGUACCGAAGGAUCAACAAGUACCACUACUGUCGCAAGUACCGAAGGAUCAACAAGCACCACUACUGUUGCAAGUACCGAAGGACCAACAAGCACCACUACUGUUGCAAGUACCGAAGGGUCAACAAGCACCACCACUGUUUCGAGCACACAAGCUGCUACCUCAACCACAGCUGCUAUUACUGAAGCUCCAACCACCACCCCUUCUACUACAACUACUGAAAUAAUUCGAUUGCCGAACGGAUGCCCAGAGGACAUCCAUAUUCACUGGCUACUACCUCACGAGUAUAACUGUUCACUUUUCUACUACUGCGUGCGAGGCGAACUGGUUCUAAGAGAAUGCGCUCCAGGAACACAUUUCAACCCAAUAAUACAGGUCUGUGAUUGGCCUGAGAAUGUUGGUUGUGAACCAGGUACUCCAGUAUCCACCGUGUCUACUACAGAGGGCAAUAGCGAUGGUUCUACUUCAACCACUCCUUCUACCACCACUACCGAAAUAGUUCGAUUACCAAACGGAUGCCCAGAGGACAUGCAUAUUCACUGGCUACUCCCUCACGAGUAUAACUGUUCAUUGUUCUACUACUGCGUGAGAGGCGAAUUGGUUCUAAGCGAAUGCGCUCCAGGAACGCAUUUCAACCCAACGUUACAGGUCUGCGAUCAUAUUUGGGCAGCUGGUUGUGAACCCGGAGAGCCUGCCUCUACAACAGAUUCUGGCACAACCGGGUCUUCUACUACCGAAAGUUCAACUACCACAACAAGUACAACCACAACAACUGCAGCUCCUACCACAACUUCGACAUCAACAACAACUACUACAGCAGCCCCUACUACCACAACAACAACAACUGUAGCUCCAACUACUACAACAUCAACAACUGCAGCUCCUAGCACUACCGAAUCUACUACCACCACCACAACUACAACAACAACUCCAGCACCAACCACCACCACUUCAACCACUACUACAACUACCGCAGCCCCGACCACCAGUACAAGUACUACCACUGCUGCUCCUAUUAAACUACCGAACGGAUGUCCUGAAGAUUUUGACAUUCCGUGGUUCUUACCCCACGAAUGCGACUGUGGAAUGUACUACGAAUGUAUCAACGGUGAUAUAGCGAAGAGGUACUGCGAACCCGGAUUGCACUUCAACUCGACUUCACAAGUCUGUGAAGCUCCAGAAAGCGCUGGUUGUACUCUUACUCAAGGAGGCGGAAGUGGUAUCACUGCAGAUAUCGAAUGCUGCCACGACCGACUACCAAAUGGAUGUCCAAUUGACAUCCACGUUCACUGGCUACUGCCUCAUGAAUACAACUGUUCAUUGUUUUACUACUGCGUGCGAGGUGAUCUGGUUUUAAGAGACUGCGCUCCAGGAACACAUUUCAACCCAAUAUUACAGGUCUGCGAUCAUAUUUGGGCUGUUGGUUGUGUGUCUGGCGAUCCUGGCGCAAGUACCGAAAGUCCAACCGCUAACUCAACUACAACCACAUUAUCUCCAACCACAACUACAACUACUGCAGCUCCAACCACCACAUCAACUACGACCACUGCAGCUCCCACGACAACAACUUCAACCACAACAACUUUAGCCCCAACGACCACCACAACUACAACUACCGCAGCCCCAACCACAACUCCAAGUACAACAACCACUCCAGUUCCUACUCUGCCUAAUGGAUGUCCAGAAGAUUUUGAUAAACAGUGGUUCUUGCCUCACGAAUGUGAUUGUGGACUAUACUAUGAAUGUAUCAGAGGUGACACGGCUAAGAGAUACUGUGAAUCUGGCCUUCACUUCAGUCCAACAUCGCAGAGAUGCGAAGAUCCCGCAACUGCUGGCUGUGAUCCCAACUUUGUGAACUCCACCCAAGAAAUAUCACAAUGCCCUGAUGAUCAUAACAAAGUGUGGCGCUUGCCUCACGAAUGUGAUUGUGAACUGUACUACGAAUGCGUUGAAGGAGAGAAGGUUCGGAACUCCUGUGAAGAUGGAUUCCAAUUCAAUGCAACCACACAGGCCUGUGAAGACCCGGAAACUUCUGACUGUGAAUCAGGAUCUAAUUGUCAAGAGGCCGAAGAUAAAAUAUGCAAAGGGAACUGCAACGUGCCAUACUGGAGACACAAAGACGACUGCAGCAAAUUCUGGAGAUGUGCUCAUGAGAAGGCAGUUCUUGGACAAUGUGCUGAUGGACUUUCUUUCAAUGAAGAAACCCAAACUUGUGAUUAUGCUGCUAACGUAAAUUGCAACAAAGUAGUAUUCACGGCAUCUCAAGAUGACUUAGGAGAUUUCUUUACGUUGAUCAAAUACGCUUUAUCGCAUUUAUCCGAACAAAGAGAUAAUGUUCUGUAAAAACUUCUUACGGCCAAAGACACAAAUGAUUAAUUUCUAAGUUGACUGAAGAUACUGUAAGCUGAGGAAAGCUAACCGCAUAAGCUAAACAAAUUUGAAUAAGAAAAAUUUAAGAAGGAUCGCACAGCAUUUAUUUUGGUGAUUAAAUUAAUUUAUUACAAACAAAUAUAAUGAUAUUAUAAA